AUGGAUUCAACGCUUGCCAUCCCUGCGACUGACGAUCAGUACGAGUCGGAGGCCUCUAACGACCUGGAAGUCCCACCGCCAGCAUACCGGAGGAGCUCCGAGUCGUCCACCGAGCGUUCCUUGUACGAUGAAAAGGAUGAGACCUCAUUCGCAAGCCAGCUGAACUCCGGCCAGGCCCGCGAGUACGGGUUCUACCACCCGAAACUUCUGGCUCGUGGCCUAGUCAUUACCGACGGUGGUGCCUCGACCGAGACAAGCAAAGUACCAUUGUACUAUGUCGAGGUCUCCGAAUUUGCACUCAAGAAGCCGGAUGUCAUUUUCCAUCAGCUCCCUCCUGCGAUCGAGACGCCGAAUGAUCUAGAGUAUCUCGCUAAUACUGGAGAGUAUGCUCCAGUGAUCGGCGUGGCGCAUUUUCCGAAAUUCUCUCAGCAGAUCAAAGCUGGACUUGGUGACCCCGCUUCCAAAGGCGAAAUGAAAUACGUCGAAGUACAGAAUCCGAACAAGAUGUACCAUGGCGAGUAUCGCAUGUCAUUCAAUGGAAGGUCUUAUGCCUGGAAGCGGACCCAUGACCCAGCUGCUGGCGUCGAAGGCUCCAAUAUCACAAGGAAGUUGAACCGUGGUAGCUUUCAGCUGAUUGAUAUGUCCACAAAUGAAGUGGUGGCAGCAUUUCUUGACAACAAGUUCAAGAGCUGGAAGAAAAAGGGCAAGUUGAGGAUCUUUCAGAAGCUCGAAGGAGAUGGGGUCGAAGCACAGCAGCUUGAAUUGCUCGUAAUCUUGAGCAUCGCGGCGAUUCUGGAAAAGGCUCGGAGAAGGCAAAAUAGGAGAGCCAGCUACUACAGUGGAGGCGGCCCGUAG